CUGCAUACCUACUUUGUUUACAACAGUUGGCAUUUUGAUCAAAGUGCAUGCAAUUUGACUACAAAAACAAGCUGUGAAAAUGCCUCCGACAAAAAGCCGCAGCAACACCAAAUAUCCGGUAUAUAUCGUACUAGGAUCUGGUGGUCAUACUGCCGAAAUGUGUACUAUAAAUAUGGCGCUUUUGGGUACUGACAAGGGCAAACGAAUUUACGAACCUUUGCGGUAUGUUAUCGCCAAUGAUGAUACAACCUCACGAAGCAGAAUAACAAGCGCCAUGCAAAGGGUCGGUGUGGCUCUGGACGAUACUUCAUUUAUUUAUGUGCCUCGUAGUCGCAAAGUGGGACAGAGCUACUUUAGUAGCGUGUUUACAACACUUUGGGCACUAUUGUGGAGCUUCUGGUUAGUUUGGUGUGAUCAACCAAAACUAUUACUAUGUAAUGGUCCAGGAACCUGUUUGCCAUUUUGUAUCGCGGUUUAUGCGUGGAAGAAACUUGGGCGCUUGUCGUGCAAUACCAAAAUCGUCUAUGUGGAGAGUUGGUGUCGGGUGCGUACACUAUCGCUUAGCGCUAAAUUACUUCGACCGUUUCUUGACUUGCUAGUUGUCCAAUGGCCGGCGUUGGCCGAAAGCUAUAAAAACAGCAACAACGUUAAAUACUUCGGAAAAAUUAUGUGAAUAAAUGCCUUUUAUUUCAUGAAGAAGCCAAAGAUGUUGUAAUAUUAAGAUACAUUGUGAUGAACUUAGACAUACCAAGCAUGGAAAACAUUUUGUAAUUUUUUAUAAAUAAAUAUACUUAAAAUUUAUAAAACUAUGGCGAGAGGCAA